UGGUCUGAACGCGAGCGAGGAACAGGCAAACAUUUCACCACAAAGCUAGGAAACUUUGCAAAAAAAUAUUGAAGUCUGUGAUUCUGCUGAAUGGCAUUAUAAGGUAAGCUCAUGCAUAUAGAAACUAUUUUUGGUCAUAUCAUUUCGGUGUUUUUUGAGACGCAGCUCAACGCGAAUUCGACUUGGAGAUUUUUUCCGAUGAUAAAAAUGAUCAACGCUAUUCCGUUUAUGGCUUGAGUCGGUGAAUAACUUGGACCUUCAUAAAUUAGUUUUACCAUGAAACUGCCCCAAAGCAAUGCAAAUAUGAGCGCUGAAUUAGAUUACCUGAAUCCCUGUGCUAUCUGCCAUAGUGUCAUUGUACCGUCUAACGCCUAGAGGAAAUCUUUUGCAUGCAUGGACAUAUCCUUUUGGGCGUCACGCGUGGGGAAUCAAUGGUCGCAUGCACGCACUCUCCGGGAUACUUAGUAAAUAUGUUUUUCACGUGUAUAUUAUUGAAAACAUGUCAGUCUUUUCCAAGUUUUCUAUGCAUGGAUAGAGUUUACCUUUUGGACAUAGUUAACUUAGAUAUUCCCUCUCUGUGUGUUCCGUUUUGGGACAACGCAUUUCCCCGAAUAAUUGAACUGAUAAGAUGCCGUGAAUCAGCGCUGAUAAACUCGUGUUUGAUCGCCGAAGUUGUCGCCACUGACCGUUCUAUCGUGAAAGUUGACCGUCAGCGUAAUUGAGUUAGUUUAGCUACUCCCUGUGAAAGAGAACUAAGUCGAUACAACGAGGAUUUUCCUCGCCACGUCAUGGCUGGCUCGCAGAAAAAUUUAGAAUUAGUCGUGGUAACUAUAUCCUAGGGCACAAAACGAAUUGUGGUAUUCUUAAGUCUGGGCUGGACCCUUAUGAAUUGAUUCUUAGCAAACCUCUUGGAGGUUAGAUUAUAAAAACUAGUGGAGCUUUAUCUCAUUGUAAUUGGUAUAUGGAUUAUUUCUUGCCAUUGGGAUUAAAUUCGCUUGGCGAGGUAUUUACCCCUAUUGACUUAAAGGCUUUAUUUCCUUCAGUCAUCGCUUGGGAAAUAACUUCAUACGUAAGCGUGAGAGAGAAGAUGGCAUUGCACAUCUGGUCAACUAAUGUACUCAUGAAUAAACAAAUGAAAUCUCAUUUUGGCCGACAUCCGAGCACUAUGAAAAUGACAUGAAUAGAUAACAGCACAUUAUUGCACUCGAAUUACUCUAAUGUUUAUCAAUGAAAUGAAACAUUCGUGGACGGUCACGUGUGGCGUCUCUCAGCUUCUGAUUGGGCGUGUACUGAGGCUCCCGAUUCGACAUCAUUUGAUCGAUCUUUGAUGUUGACAAACUUAACUGAAAUGCCGAGCUCUUCGAAUAGUUCUAAUUUUUUUUCCAGUUUCAAACUGUUCUCUCCAUUAAUUAAGGUCGUAUAUUUAGAGGCAUCUGCUUGAAUUGAUGCUACAGAGGUACUUCUGGAAAAAGCUCAGCUUCUUAGUUUAUAUACUCUGCAGGUACUCCCUAAUUAUAUUGCCUGUUUUCACGCUGCCUUGUGGGAGGAACUCUUGUGUUACUGACCUCAGUAUUAUGACUGAAGGAAGGCUUCAUUUGUUCCAAAUUUCCGAUGAUGUGAUAAGGAGAGCAUAAAAUUCAGGUGAUUUUGAUUUUUUUCUUCCCUGCGCUUUCAGUUUAAAGAAAGACUAGUUUUAACGAAUACCAACAAACUUUAACGGUCAAAAAUAGUUCUCAGUUUGCGUCGAAGGAAUACAUUCAUCGCCUAUUUCACGGCGACGUUUUCAAAUUACAUUAAAAUUGCACACUUACUAAAUACGCAAAGCUUUGCUAUACUAGUGGCCAACUGGAAGCAUGCUUGAAGGAUGUAUACUUCAAGACUUGAAGUUUUUCUAUGAUUAAAAACCUCUGCGUUUAUAAGUCCUUCAGUUGCAAAAAAAACAAAGAAAGUGUUAAAUCCGAUUAUUCACUGAUUUAUAAUCCAUGAGUAUAUAGCAAAAAAAACAUACUACCAUAUGAGACAUGUGUGGCAAUACCAAACAUUAUUGCACAUCUUUUUCCAGCCCCUUCGACAGGCAACUUUCUUCGUAGCUUUGUCUAGACUCUAGAGAGCAUGCGCACGCGCACUUGGUUUGUUUACUUGAUCACUAGAAGUUGCAUUUUUCUCAACGUCCGUAAAGUUUGGUCUGAAUUGAAACCGUAAUAUUUUCCCAAACAAACUCAGUCAUCUGUCAUCUACACAUGCUCAAAGUACCUUAUUUCCUUGUAUAUCUUUGUAAUUAUACAAUAUCUACCCCGUGCAUAUAACUGAUAAAUACUUAAGCUCACUGGAACUCAUGAAUGUUCCAAUAUAAGCUUUUAAGAGUUCAAGGAAUUAGAGGAUUACUCAUCAUUACUAAUUCUUUACUGUUAAGGCACACAUCCAAAUCACAUUAACACUUCUCAUGCCCUGACGUACGUUCAUAAAUCAUCAAUUUCCUGAAAUCUCUUCCAGAAAGGCCUUACCAAUUGUCUAAACCGUGCUAUUCCGCAAGAACGUACGUAGACGGAACCCGUAGCGGGUGGUUGAAUUUUGUUUCCUCUUAGUGUGAUCAAUUUCAGACUUUGAAUUUCCUGUUUAUACGGGUUUAUCAACGUUUUCCUCAUCAGACACCAAUUUUGUCAUGAAAUUCUGCCACGGUUUCAAAGUUGUCGUUCGUCGUACAGGUUAGUUAAGCGUCGACUUAAAAUGAUCUAUAUAUAUGAACUGAAUAGUUCUAAAUCGUCUUUAACCCUGCCUCCUGGUGGCACAGUGGCCUCUAUUUGUUAAAAAAAUGGUCUUAAUGGUCAUGCAUAACUUUUUUGUUCAAUUGACUUUAAAAUAUAAGAGAAACUCUCCAUACUACACUUCAAAAGGUAAUAGAAAAUCUCAGGCAACUUUGGCGCCUUGGCGGGAUGUUUACAAAAAAACUCUGACCAUUUUGCAUUCGCUUGAUGAAUGAUCUUAUUAACUCACAAUGGGCAGUUAAUUCUGUCGUCAUUCUGACCUGAUUUAUUUCAAAUAACAUUCAUGAUUCAUCUCAAGUCAGCUUGGCGUAGGCAUAGCCGCAUAGAUGACAAAAUCACUAGCUACAUUCGUCAUCAAUCUAAGAUGUUUGUUAGCUGUGCUUACUGUUCAUUUCACACUUCGAGAACCCCAGCACCGCACGAAAUGAUUAAUUGAAUGCACUUGGACGCUCACGCGCCAUAUGCAAGCGAUAAACGCGUUGUUUCUAUGGAGACAAACAAGCAACGUCUGAAUAUGAAUGCCAUUGGCACACAACAUGACAUUUGCUCAACUAUUUCGCACGUAAAACGAUCGAACUUUAAGUACUUUACAACGAAAUAUGGAUUUUACAUCAAUAAACACGAAGACCCUUUGAAAAAAUAUUUGCCAAACAUUGCAAUAUUAAUUGUCAUGAUGCAUCGCUCUCCGUAGGUCAAAUCAAGCAGGAAAAACAAAAGAAUGCAUCAAAUAGUGUCCUGAGGAAACAAGAGACAUAAUUUCUAAUAUGUGCAUGAGUCAUUAGCGAAGUGGUUCAAUCAAACUCAUUUGCUGCCAAAACGGUUUAAAAAGAACUGACUAUGCGGAAUCAGUUUUCAACGAUGUAUAGUAGUAAAAAAAAAGACCAUGAAAUCUUCUAUAAUUUUAAAAAGUUUUCGGUGGCACCCGCUUUAUCGCCACUGAUUUCAAACGAUCGUUCACGGGGGAUGUUUUAAGGAACCAUUAAGGCGGGGAUUCUAACAACCUGCUUUUCUUGAAAUAGAUUUUGUUCAAUAUCAUACAACACAAUAAAACCCAAUACAGUUCAAUACAGUCAUUCGAAUUCGUAUUUCCUGUAAAUAUCAGGUGCAUAGGUGGUGCUGGUGUCAUUUACAAAGAUGGGAAAAUUAACUGAAAAGAUUAACUUACAGUCAGUUGGAACUGCGCAACAAUGUUCUAUCUUCAAUCAAUAUUCAUCACCGAUAUUCUACUGCGAAAUUAUAAAAAAUAAUCUUCUACUAUUUUCACUAAUAUUCAGCCACGAAAGAUGAGUCGAUAUAUGCGAAUUUAGUGUGCAGAUAACUUGCAGUAUUGUAGUAUAUGCAUUCUUAAAUCCAAGAUCUCCGUCCUGAGUUAUUAUAGUUAUAACUUAUAAUCGUCUUAUUUAAACUGACUGUCUCGGGAUAAAUAAGACAUUGACGCCACAAAAGUUUCUAAGUUUCCCUUCUGUUAAUCGAUUCCUAUUGCAUAGCAACUCUUAAAAAAUCAAAAAGUGUCAAAACAUUGUAUUAUUGUAUGAUAUCAGUCAAGUAGAUUUCAUGCAGCUUCCCUUCUUUUGACAUCAUCAUAUCUUACACUUCAACCAGAAGUCGUUGAAAGGUUUUGGAAAUAUUCCAAAACCUUUUAACUAAGUAACAGAGAGAGAAGUGUUAAAAAGAAAGUUUAAUUAAAGUUCAUCCGGUUUUUCAAACUAAAGAUCUUUAAUUGGAACCGGAACCACAGGUUUUUAUGCGAGCAAGCGAACGUGCGAUGCGCACUUACGAAGAGGGCGUGGUUAAUAUUGCAUGGUCAUACUGUCAUAGGCAAAUCUCUUCAACACCACUUGGCUGAUAUAGUCUAAAGCAAUAUCUCACUGCAGGAAUGUCAAUUUGCCCUGCGAAAGUUAUCUGUUAAGUGUGCUUCACUAACAACAAGACCAGUUUCGAUUCAAUUUUCGUGUGCUGUCACGCAUCCAAAUACACCUCGCCUACGUGUGGAUCAGAAUGACUGGAUAGUUCUAUCAUUUCUCAUAUUUUCUUUCAGCCAAAAGUGUGCUAAAUAACUGGAACCAUCCCUUAGUAGGCUCAGCCGAGCUGGAAGCCUAACCUUAACUACAGUAUGGUUACUAUGGUAGUAGGUAGUUCCAAGCUCUUUCGAUUCCGCCAGAUCUAGUGAAUGACAUACAAAUCAAGUCACGCAACAAGCAUACAAAAGAAUCUAAAAAUCGGACAACCGGAACUCUUUAGAUAUAUAACCAAUAUGCUAUCCAGUUGUUUGUGAAAGUUUAAAAAGCAAUUUCUGGUUGUUUGUAGGUUAUAUAUUGAUUGAUCUUGAUCUGAUAUCACGGUAUUAAAACGAUGUAUGUAUAUACAAUUAGGGCAAUAUCAACACCCCCUAUUGAGAAUAUAUGCAUGGAAUCAAAGAUAUAAGAGUUUUUAUAACGAAAUAACCGGAACUGGUUUUCAUGAUAUGCUAAAUACCUCGUGAAAGCAGUCUUGUGGCAGUGUAAUUAUGAUCUACGUUAUCAUUCGUGAUAAUGUGAUUUGAUCUUCGAAGUUUCGAGGCUAGGUCGCCUUCCUCGUUAAAGACACUUCCUUGGUAUUCUCUACUGAAAUAAUUCAUCGUCGAAUUAUUCAUUUGAACGACUUCGUCGUCUGCAUGCUAAAAAAGGGGCGAAAUAUGAAUGAACUACUAUGCCAGGAGAAGUAUUACGGAUAAAUAACGGCGUACUGAAGUUCGCUGCAGAAGACACAGAAAGCCUUGUAUUUGCAUUAUUUAUACUGUAUCUAGGAAAAGCAGUGGGCUAAUUAGACUCCUUCAGUUUAGCUAACGGUUCAGACCAAUACGAGAUGGGAAGAAAACUUAUCUAAACCUUCAUAUACGAGAACAUGCAGUUCAAAACUUAUGCAGCCCUUCUCAUUCUUUAAACAAAAGCGGUACGAGCAUAUUUCGGUGCCAAUUCUAACUUUGGUAUUAAAACUAACAGUCGAUCUGAUUGUGUCUUUUUCAAUUCAUUUGCCGUCAUCGUCCAAAAUUUGCCACAAUUAAGAAUCGUUUACGUGGAAAAUCUUUAUAGAUUUGAUAGAAAAUUUGAGCCUCACAGAAUGAGGAAAGUCCAAAACAAGACCUGUAGGGGAGGGUCGCUCUUACAAAGGUAUCCCUAUACCCUAUACCAAGGGUAGCUAGGGUCGCUUUUACAAAGGUACCCCUAACCCUAUACCCUAUACCAAGGGUAGCUAGGGUCGCUCUUACAAAAGGUACUUCCUGAGAACAAAAUUUUGAGACUGCAGACAUCUUAAAAGACAUUACGAAUAAAAAAUAAACUGAUGCAUGGCUGUACCGUCGACAACAGAACUAUCCAGUAUCCCUUUCGGGCUCAGUAUUGGGUAAACCACUUGGGCAACCCGCACGCGGGCGUAUGCUCGCAUUUAGCUCAUGCGGUUAAUUAGGCUAAUUAAAGGCAACCAAAAACCGAACGCAUUUAAAGCCUAACUAGACUGACAUUGAUUAAAUUAAACAUAAUUCUCAUUAUCCCUGCAGGGGGCUAAGGGCCCACGGAUUUUGAGAUGUCAAAAUGUUUUCACUUUAAAGUGGGCCCUUGAAUCACUCAAUGAUGAAGUAUGUGGCUUAACAUCUCUAACGAUUUAAUUAUCAGAAUGUAUUCAGUUACACCACGAAUAUAUACCUCUCGAAACCACGCCGGUUGGUUAAACGACAGAUUUGCUUAAAUUACGCACAACUGAUAAGUGAUACACAUAGUGUGCUCUGUGUCAUUUUAGACCACUAUACAACGUGAACGUCUGAACGAUAGUCGUGGCAAAACCGUGUCAAAACAUAUUAACGGUCUCUCUCGAAGAAUUAUUGAAAUGUUCCUAACCUACGCUGCAGUUUUGGCUGUGAUCGUCGCAUCUUUGGCGAAAUGCGGCAACGGAGAGGCAAAGGAUACCGCGACGGGAGGAAAAAGCAACACUUUUGACUUUUCGUACUGUGGUGAAAACCGGCAGCCCGUAUCUCGAUCAAGGGUUAGGCGUGUAAUUGGCGGUCAGGACGCGCAGGCGCAUCAGUGGCCUUGGACGGUGUUGAUCAUGAACCAGUCUGAUAUCUACUGCGGUGGUUCUGUAAUCAGUCCAACAUUCAUCAUCACAGCCGCUCAUUGUGUGGACAACAUAAGCCAAAGCCUUCUAAAUUUUUACGUGGGAAAACACAAGGCGGACGUCAAGGACCCUCACGAGCAAAAACUGACAGCACAAAAAGUUUACAUACAUUCAAAAUACCGACGAGGAAGCUCGACGCAUCCGGGCGAUUACGACAUGGCACUCGUUGAGAUGAAGAAUCGAAUUCGAUUCACAGAGCAGGUUCGACCAAUUUGCCUGACAGACGUGAAUACAUUUCAACCUGGACACGAAUGCGUGUUGAGCGGUUGGGGUUAUACCAAUGCAAAAAAGCCCUCUGUUUCUAAUACACUACAGCAGAUAAGGUUGCCUCUUGUCUCCCGGAAGGUAUGCAACAGUAACAAAAGUUACGGCGGUAAAAUUCCCGAGCGGUAUCUAUGCGCAGGCGUGCCGGAAGGAGGCAAAGAUGGAUGCCGGUAUGAUAGUGGUGGACCGCUGAUGUGUGCCCACAGUGAUACUGACCCGUGGUAUCUCGUUGGAAUGAUGGCUUGGGGCGCCGGCUGUGCCGAGAAAUAUAAAUACGGAGUUUAUACAAAUGUCGCACAGGUCAUGACCAUGGUACGAAACACAGUUAAAGAUCUUCCGCAACCAUAUUUGCCGGCGACAAGAGUCUCGCCCACGCCUGCGCAAACCAGCAAGAAUAAAACGGAAGAUCGACAAAAGGAGAAGAUCUUCAUCGCCAUUAUAGCCGCCCUAAGCGUGAUCAUCAUCAUAUUACUCACAACCUUGUGUAUUGUGAAUUUCUAUACCCGUGGUUACAUAUGUUGUACCAGCAUGGAGCACUCCAAGCAUCAUAAAGAGCCUAAAAUCUUGCACGAGCAAAACGGGAAACUUAACAGGGAAGUAAGCGUAUGACGGGUGGCACUGAUCUCGAUAGUAGCAUAUGAAUUGAUAAUAGUUAUAAUCACUGAUCUCAGAAAGACCAGCUGGACUGUGCCUUGAUAUAACUUGUGCAUAAAUAUAUAUAUAUAUAGAAUUGAGUUUCACACUGUUUAGGCCUUAAAUACUCACACACUUCCCUGUGCAAAGGUCACAGAAAUCAACCAAAAAAUUGGAAAAUUAAAAAACACAAAGGAAAUAUAACACCUGGUACACGGAGACACCUGACCUAUAGUUGUAAAUCACAACCUGCCAACACAACCGUGAGUCAUUUUCGUGAGCCCGUUGGUAGCUUAGCAACAGUCUCGGAACACGUAAGCACAAGCUCCCUUCUGCGCAUGUCUAGGGCGCUUUCUCUGCAGGGCUAAAACGGUCAAAUCGGUUCUAUUGUAUUUCAACAGACCGAUUACUAGUCAUUUAGUUUCAGGAACACAGCGUUCAAAUGUACGGGUAUUUCAUAUAUUUGUAUCACGGAAAACCAAUAAGUUUACCGUUUUAUGAUUAUCAUUUAUGACUGCACAAUAUUAUUAGUUCAAAGUUGGGUUUGAUGGCUUGACUGUUCUGGUUGCCUAAAGGAAAGCGCUCAUACUCGAGACUUUUCCUGCACGGGAGGAGGGUGGAAUGCUUGCUUUAGCCACGAUAUCGCAUUCUGAUAUUCUUGUGCGUUAUCCAAAAGUGAAAUAAUGACAGAACACGAAAACUUGGCAAAGUUCCAAGCGUACACGAUUCGCAUUAAGUAUUGGGUGAGUAAAAAACUGAUUCCUUCCACAUGCAAAUUCGUAGCAUCUGAGAUUGUCAGAUUAGGCCAGUCAUAAGUUGAUUCGCGGAAAAUUUGAAUAUGGAAAGCGUGAGUUUUUCACUCACCCUGUGGCAUGCGUAGAAGACUAGGAACAAGUAUCGUGAACACCUCCUUGGGGUCGUAUAAAUAUCGUAUUUAAUAUUAUUGUUUCGAGGAGAGCAAUUCUUCUGUCUCGUGUGUUCACAACAUUAUAGAAGUGUAAACUAGGACCUCAGGUAAAUUGGUGGCAUUAUAUGUAAAUAAUACUAUACAAAAUGUAGGCAUAGGAAUUGCAUAGAAUAGAAUAUUAUAAUUGAUUAUUGAACUAUCUAAGAACGUAGAUUUAUGGAGCCUUUAUUAAAAGCGCGCAAUCACAUCUGACAAAAGGUCGAUCAAAUUCUACCAUUUUGAUCUUCAACAGUUAAUAGUCCAGGCUUAGACUUUAUUUAACCCCAGCACUUCAUGUAAAGGAUUAUUAAUGGUAUAAAUACAAUUAUUCUUCAAAUGUUAA